CAGUACCCUCAUCACUUAAUGUCCUUGAGUAGGCUCAAAUUUCAGGCUUUCAACUUUGCUGGUGAAAAUGUCUAGAAUUGAGUAUAAUAAUAUGCUUUUUGUGAUUGGCCGGCAUCUGGACCAGCUCAGUGUACAUGAACAACUCAUGUUCAUGUGUAGAGAGAAAUUGACACGUGGCGUUCAAGACAUAAACAAUUCCCGAUCUCUGUUCGAGGAACUCGGGCACCUGAAUUUCUUGAAAAUUGAUCAACUGGGAGAUUUAAAGGAGCUUCUUAAAGAGGUCGGAGAAUGGUCCCUGUUGAAAAAAGUUACAAACUUUGAGGUGAAAAGAAAAAAAUACAGCAAUUUACUUGAAAAAGUGAUCCGAGUUUUCGACUGCGGCGAGAGCAAUGAACUAGAACACUUGCUCAGGAUAUGCAAAACAAAAACGUCUUUUGAUUUUGAAACGAAAAUUCGAGAUGUCAGAAGCUUGUUUAAAGAGUUGGAGAGCCAAAACUUUCUGGAAUUUUACCGUCUCGAUAUUCUAAUAGAAAUACUGAGGGAAACUGGAAAACCAGACCUCCUAACGGAGAUAGAGGAAUUCGAGAAGCGCAUAAAUGAAGAAGAAGAACUCAAAAGAAAAAAAGCACCUACUUCUGGCAUUUUUGCAUCUGGAAGAAAUUUGGGUGGAAGAGUGAUAGGUGGUAAGUAAAAAAUAAAUCAUCUUUAAAGCAUAUGAGUGAUGAUAUUUGCAAAAGAAGGUUUUGCGGUUAGAACCAUUCGACUCCAUUGUCUUAUUUAGUUGGCUUAGGCAUAAUUGUAUCCUUGAAAUUAGAUCUUAUUAUCGAGUGCUUUAGACGUGACAUUUUGCACGAAAUUUUGUCCAUAACUUUAAAAACUGUGAUAACAUACUUCUUCAGUUAAAGAACUGCCACGAGCGUCCUAGAAAUUACAGGCCACAUCUUAGCUUGUACACAUGUUGAACCGCGAGACUUCCUUUCAUGUUCCAGGGUAGAAAAAGAAAAGUGAAGACUCGAACACGGUGCUAACUGCUAAGGUUUGAUUUGAAUUCCGCAUUAAAAAACGGGCUUCCUAAUUUCAUUAUUUCUUGACGUAAUAACGAUGAUGCGUUGUUUAUCCUUACAGAUUAAAAGACCCAAGCUUAUUUUAUA